GCCCCAAAACGCGUAAAAAUCCAAUUUUUUUAGUUCUUUUACUUAAAAUACCUUUUGUGCCACGACGGAUGCACUUGAUUUUGGUUUCUGAUAUUGCUGGCAACCUCUACAAAAAAUCCCGCCCUUCUCUGACCCCGCCAGGAUAUAUAAAUGGGGGGAAAUUGCCUCAAAACACGUAAAAAUCCAAUUUUUUUUAGUUCUUUUACUUAAAAUACCUUUUGUGCCGCGACGAAUGCACUUGAUUUUGGUUUCUGAUAUUGCUGGCAACCUCUACAAAAAAUCCCGCCCUCCUCUGACCCUGCCAGGAUAGUUAAGUGGUGGAAUAUUGACCCAAAACACCUCCGAAAAAUUCGGAGGGAAUUGGAAUCCAAAACAGGUCCAAGUCAGAUUGCGCAGUCAUUUUCGUAUGUAGGGAAAUUUACGAAUAUUUGUACAAAAUGUUUUUUACAAGACGAGGCAAUUUUAUUGGCGUGUUUUUAAAUAGUACGUUUUCGGAUGUAAUAUAUGACUAAUGAGUUUUACCGAUAUAUCAUUCCUGUAUGACGAAUUAAUAUAUACAUACUCACCAGAAUUACCGGGUUUGAAUUGCCGAGAUGCGGAAGUGUUUUCGAUAUAUCCAUCCAGAUUAAUUAAAAUAAGUUACUGAUGAAUAUCGGAAAAUAAUUCUUUUGUAUGACCUUUCAGUAACUACAUUUUUUUUCGAUAAUUUAAAUAUAAGAAAAUCCAUGUUACAUUCGUAUACUAUACUCCAUAAAUCUGAAAUUUGUUCCUCAACAUAAAGUCGAAAAUAAAUAUUAUGAAGGCCUUGUAAGAAAAGAAAUAUUCUGCACCUACAGAUCAUUCAUAUCACUAUUAAUGUAUGAACGUUCCAAAUAAAAUCGAUACACCAGUUUGAAAGACGAAAUAACGACAAAUCAUGAAAUGUGUCAACAGCAAGACUCGUUUUAUCAAAACCCUGAUUUAUUUGUAUCAUAUUUUACCGCUUCACGAGUAAAAAAGUUUGUCUUUAAAAGAUCUUCACAUGAUCUCGCAAGUUUUAUAGCGCAUAGAUCAUGUUACUGGGAUAGAGUGAGUUUGUUGCGAGAUAAGCUAUUAUGUAGAAAAAUUAAAUAAAAUUGUCAAUUAUGUAGGAAUGCGUAUGUAUGUGUGCGUGUGUAUGCGUAAAUGUGUUUGUGUAUGUAAGCGGUGCGAGUGUCGGCGCGGACGUGUAAAGCGGUGCAAGUGUCGGCAUAGAUGCGGCGUCGAUCCGAGACAAGAUGAUUUGCCGAAAAGACAAAGCCGCCGAAAAUCCUGUGUGUGUGUUUAUGUGUGUGUGUGGCGGCGUCCGAGGAAAGUCGCGGCGCAUGAUAGAAGUCGCGGCGUCGGCGGCGUAUGACAGAGGAGCGUAGCGCCAAAGAAAAUCCGUUUUUCGAAAAAGAAAGCCGCGGCCACGAGAUGAAAAGAGAUGCACACGAAUAUAAGCCGGACGAUCGGAGAGGAGCAGUCAGUUGCGUCUGAGCGUUCAAGGUGUCGUAUUCCUGUACUGAGCUAAUAAAUUAUAUUAUCCCACAAUUAUAAAAUUAAUUCUUAAAUAAAAUAAAAGGAAAAAAAAUCCCAACCGGAUCGAUCCUGGUUUGCUUGCUCUUUAAGCUCAAACCUAAACCACUCGGUGGUUAUAUUUCUCAUUGAAUAUUCAAUACAAAAUACAAAUAGUUGAAACGUGUAAUCGACACCGAUUUCUAUGUUCAUAUUUCCUAAACUGUCAGUAAUAUUUUCAAUAUAUUUUUAGAAAAAUACUUAUUACAUUAUUGUAUGUAAUUUUAUGUCGACGAUCUGAAAAUAAAAAUAAUCAUUUUUGGCAAUAAGAUUAUUAAUUUCAUACGAUACGUACAACAUAAUAAGUAUUCUUGUAAAGCCAUUCAAAAUAUAACUGAAAAUCCCCCCCCCCCAAAAAAACUGAACUGUGGUAGGAAAAUAUAGUAAAUGAGUUGGUAAAAAAGAAUUAUUUGGUAUUCACCAAUAACUUCUUUUAAUCAGCAUGGAUAUAUCGGGAGUUAUUUCCGCCAUUCGGCAAUUAAAACCCGACAAUCCUGAAGAGUAUGCGAGCCAGUUGUUUAAUUCGUCAUAUAGGGAUAAAGUAUGGGUACAAUUCCUCAGUCAUGUACUGAAAACUAACAGAGAACGCACUGUUGAAAAGCACGCCAAAAAAAUUGCUACAUUUUAUAAAAGGCAUUUUGUAGAAAAAAUUGCAAGUUCCCUAGAUACGAAAACGACAACGCAGUCAGUCUCAUUAACACCGUCCGAUGAGCCUAUUGUAGACCACUAUUCUGAAUAUGCGAACGAGAAUUUUGAGAAUCAAAAUUCUCCACAGAAAUUAAAAUCUUUUUCUUCGUCUGUGAAUUUCUUGAAUACAAAUUUCAUGGAAGAUAAUUUUGGUUCAAAAAAUUCCCCAGACAAGUCAGUUUCUUUUAUUUCGUGUGAGAAUUUCUCAAAUAAAAAUUGUGUGGAAAAUAAGCAGCUUCUACUCUCAGAAAGUCAUUCUGAAAUUAGUAAAGAGCACCAUCCAGUUAUGACUCCGGCGCCUUUUACUAAAUGUACUGAUUUUGUUUCUAAUCAUUCUUCCUCAAUGCCCAGUCCGUAUGAUUCCAAAAAUCCUUCGGGUAUAGAUAAAACUUGUAUUUCAUUAGCGGGUUCUUCACCCAAACAAAAAUUGAGCGAUACCAUUCUCAAUGACUCUGUCCUUGCUCCAAACGAAAAUUUCAUUUUUGAUGAUGUUUUUAUUCGCGAUGAGUUAAGAAAAAUUGGAAGAUGGGGACACGCGUUAGAAACUUACCCCAUCGUUGGGAAGCCUUUUAUAUUACCACUUACAUUCUGGGAGACUUACUGGUCUGGCGAAAAAAGAUUCAAAGACAAAAACUGGACGGAUGCUUUUAACAAGGCAUUCGAGUCAUCAUACAAAUAUUGCGUCCUGUCAAUCGACCGCCAUACAUGUGCAGUUCAAAGAGAUAACAAGAAAUGUGUUAUUUUCCAUGCUGAUGGUUCAUGCAAAAAUUCGUCAUGUACACGUUUUAAAUUUGUCGUCCUAUGGGUACCUGCAAUGCCACUGGGUGACAUGACUGUGCAGGUUUUAAUGACGUCUGAUUUGUGCCACAUCAGUGGUGAAGUUCAUGCUAGAUUUUACAAAGGUCAAAACAGGGACGAACUAAAAAAAGAAUUAAAAGGCGAUUUUCCGAGCGUAAAGAGACUGAAUAUGCUAAAAGACGUAUCAGACGAUGUGUUAGCAGCGGGAAAUUUGAAUCACGUGCCAAGUAAACCAGCUCUGAAUAAAAUGCGAAGCGAAAUGAGUACGUGCAAUGAUCUGGAGAAGGAUGAAAUUCAAUUCAUGUUAAAGCUAAUCGAAAAAUAUAAAGAAACAUGGAAUGGCACUAUUUUUAACGGUUACAUUCAAAUAUAUUCUGUCGAGCCUUUGUACAUUAUAUUAGUAUGUGAGCGAGUGCUUCGAUAUCUGAUGACAGUACGUAGACCACUUUUUUUGUACCUAGAUGCAACUGGUUCUAUCAUAAAAAAUUUGUCUCACAUCGUGAAACAAAUUUAUAAUUACGCUCUUGUUCUGCCAGGAUCAAAUAUGCACAGCCCACUGCCCAUUGCAGAGUUUAUUUCUUCCUGCCACGGAGUUAAAGACAUUACUAUCUUCUUAAACUUAGUAUGCCACUAUUUAAAAUUAAUGACGACCAUCCGACCAAUCGUUGACAAAGUCGAAACUGACUUCAGUUUAGCAUUGCUACAAUCAGUUUCGAUCUCUUUCAAUGGAAUGAAACUUUCCUUAUACUUACAAAAAAUGUACGAUGAGGUUGUAAACAAAAUCCAGCAGGAGCCCUUAACGACUUUGCAUAUUUGUUCCUCACACUUCAUAAAAACAGUUAGAAAAAAAAUUAAAACCUGCAUUGUCGAUAAAAAAAUGGGAAUUGUAGCUUCUAACGCAAUUACUAAACUAAUCCAUUGCACUACCGUGAAAGAGAGCUUAAUGAUCUUCGAGCGCCUGACUAGAAUCUUCUCAACGAAAAACAUUACCGACAAAGCUGACGAAGAUUAUUUAAGUUAUUUCUUGGAGGAUGAUACUUCCGAAGAGAACGAUGAUGUUGAUAUUGAAUCGCGCUCGGAUUUCGACGAUAUGAAUGUUCAUGGCGAUACCAAAAAAGAUUCUCCGUUUUACAAAAUGUUUCGUAGAAUAUACGAUACAAUUGUAAACAGCGUUGAAUUUUGUACGACAAUUAACAAACAUUAUUGUGAGGAAUUCAUGAAUUACGUCUUGGAUUAUUUGAUGCCAUAUUAUCCCUUAUGGUCAGCGAUUGUUAUUAAAAAAUUUGGCAUCACAAGGGAUUCCAAUGCGUGCGUAGAGAAUUUGUGGAAAAUAGAGAAGCAUUUUAUUUUAGGAGGGAAGAAAAGACAAAUAGCCCCAAGAUACAUACAACACAAAGAAUCCCUUCUAGAACAGCGAAUUCGAGAACGCACUUUCAAUUUACAAACCUCACGACAAGCUAGAAACUCGAUUAAAAAAUGUGCAGAACUUGACGACGGAAUCCUUGCCGAGGAGAAAUGGUGUAAAAGAAGAAAAGGAGAGAAUAUUUAUUUUAAAAAAGCAAAAUUUAUUAAAAAUGAGGAAAAGUUAACGCCUGGUCCGUCUUCACGAAUGAAUUCAACGGAAAUGACCCGGAAAUGUAACAAUAAAAGCAUCGAAAAUUUGCCACAAACGUGUCUCAACGACCCCAUUGACAUCGACUUGAUUGCAUUUGAUACAAAUAAAAUUUGUGACGCAACAUUUGAAGUGGACCCUAAAAAUGAAAAAUGCACGGAUAAUGACGUUUCUGAUGGAAAAGUUGUUGUUAAUUUAUUUACUGAUACGCAUGAUUAUCCUAACAAUUUUCCAAAUAUUAAUAUAUCAGUCGGUGGCAUUACAGUUAAUACACUGAGUGCCAAUACGCUACGAGAAAAUAAAUGGCUAGAUGAUAAUGUUGUCAAUGCAUAUUUGAAAAUCGUCACGGAAAAUAGUGGAAAAUCGAUUUUUGCGUUCGAUACAUUUUUUGUCCAAACACUGAUGCAACGUGAGCCACUCAACACAGGCUACCAUAUGUGGCUGUCGAAAACGGACAUUUGGAAUAAUGAUAUUUGGCUCUUUCCGGUUUUCAAAAGUAACCACUGGACAUUGUUAGUCGUUGCCCACAAACUUAAAUUGUUUAUUUAUUACGAUUCCUUACAGUCAGUGCCGCCAUCGAAUUUGUUAGAAAAUACGUGCAUGCUUAUGGAUAUGUAUGGUAGGCCAAACUUAGGUAGACGAAAACAAGGUCACAGUUGGCAUCAGUGGAAACUGUACAUACCACGCGAUAUUCCAACUCAAUUUUGGUAUGAGAAUGACGAGUAUAUAGUCAGCGGGAAUUGCGGCAUCCACAUACUGGUAUGGGCAUAUAUACUGUGUAGUGGUUCAACGGAAAAUUUUAGCGAAAAGGACAUGACAAAAAUACGUAAAAAUAUCGCUCAAACGAUAUUUCAUUACCCGCUUAAAAAUGAAAUGGAAAUAAAAGAGCGCAAUUGCAAAAUAAUUAAUGAAAGAAAAACUACAAAUUUAGAUAAUUAUAAGAAACUAAAAUUACAAGUUCUGUAUUCAAUCCCAAUUAAAGCUUUUAAUAAUACGAGAGAACUCUCAGCCGCAUUACACCUUCUCGAAUAGCUACUUUUGACGUUGCAUUUGUAAAAUACGCCUUUUCUUUAUAUUGGAGAAAUUAAAAUAGAAAAAUAAAGUAGUAUAUAAAAGAUUGAAGAGGCGAAACACAAGAAAUAAAAUAAGAAAGUAUUUUUAAAAAAACAAAAUUAAAAAAUUUUUUAAAAAUAUAUAUAAAAUCAGAAAAAGUAAAAAAAUAUAUAUAAAAUUUAAAAAAAACACAAAAAAUAUAUAAAAUGAGGAAAAGUAAAAAAAAAAUAAAAAAUAAAAAAACAAAAAAAGCAUGGGGCUAUUCUUGCUACGUCCUCGUUCGUGGCCCCGGGUUCGGCAGAAGGCAAGAAAAAAUUUAAUACAUACUAGUGGCUUCGAUCCUGCUGUUUUUGGCUGGGUUCGUUUCAUGUACUACGCGACCUCGCUACGUUUUGUUUAAAUUUAUUAUUGUACAAAUAGUCAUAAAACGUAUUUUAGUUGCCAGAAUUAUUAAAAUUGAAUUUACAAUUGUUUUGGGACAAGUUUCCCCCAUUUAAGUUCCUCGGCGGGGUCAGAGGGAAACAGAAACUUCUGAAAAGCUAUGCCAGAAAUCAAAAUCAAGUUCUUCCGCCUUGGCACAAAAAUUAUUUCAACUACUAGAAUUUUUGUAGAGGGGUAUUUCAAUGGACGCACUCCUUACAUGUCCAAUUAUGUAUCAUAAAUAUUACUGAAUGUCCUACAUGAAUGUAGACAGAUUGUAAUAAACUAGAA